GGAGCCAGCCUGGCCUGGGCUCUGCUCGGCCUGGCUCUGGGCAUGGAGCUGAGCCUGCAGGAAAGUUUGCUGUUAAAAUCCUUGGGUUUGAGAGCCAAGCCCAGCCCCAAAAACCCCGUUCCUGUGCCCUCCGUGCUCUGGAGGAUCUUCCAGAGGAGGAAGAUGCUGCCUGCUGCAGACAAAGAGCUGGGAGAUGGGUGUAGGGUGGAGGAGUUGAACGUCCCCGGGAACAUCGUCCGCGUCUUCAUGAAAUUCAGCCACAACUCCUACCACCCCUCCAGCCAGGGGCGGGUUUUUGAGCUGAGGCUCUCCCAGACCUCCCAGCUGGCUCUCCGGGGGAUGCCGUCCCACCAGCCCGGCCAAAAGCUGCUGGUGGCGCAAUCCUUCGCCCAGCUGCACAAAUCUCUCCUCUUCAACGUGAGCGCGGUGGCGAGGGACUGGAGGAUGCACAAAAGGAAUCUGGGCUUGAUCCUGGAGAUCUCGGUGAGCGGCGGCGAUGGCGCGUCGGUCCUGGCACGCGGGAGGGUGCAGAGCCUCUGCACCAGCAUCAUCGACUCCUUCCUGGACACCUCGCUGCUGGUGGUGACCCUCAGCCAGCAGCAGUGCAAAGCUUCCCGGAGGAGGAGAAGCACUGCCUACACCCCGGUUGCUCCCAGUAACCUCUGCAAACCCCGGCGGCUUUACAUCAGCUUCAGCGACGUCGGUUGGCAAAACUGGAUCAUCGCCCCGCAGGGUUACAUGGCCAAUUACUGCCUG